AUGAAUAUCGACUCGAAUUUAACAGAUUUUCAAUGCGAGUACCCGGCGAUUGACAUAGGAAUUCAUAUGAAAACCUUGUUAGCAGUCGGGUAUGGUUUGGUGGGAGCCCUGAGCUUAGUUGGAAAUCUUGCUGUAUUGCUCAUUGUGAUAUGCAGGAGAGAAAUGCAAACAGUCACCAACAUUUUUAUAAGUAGCGUCUCCGCGGCUGACUUGGUAAUAACAAGUUUCUCCUUAUGGGCGACCCCAUUAGCCUAUUAUCAACGGGUAUGGCAUUUCGGAAAGUAUAUGUGCUAUAUGGUUUCCAUCAUACAAGGCUUAUCCCUCAUGUGGGUACCACUGACCCUAGCAGCAGUUGCAUUAGAUCGCUACUCUCUAGUUGCUUCUCCGUUCCGUCAGCCAAUGUCUAAAAAGACUUGCUUGCUGAUCAUCGCUGGAAUCUGGAUGGGAGGGUUUGCAGUUUUGUCGCCAAUGAUUCGGAUGGUAGAUUUUGUUGACAGCUAUGGACCAUGCCAUUUUUGCCUGGAAUCCUGGGACCACGACAAACAACACUACCGACUUUUCUACGGACUCUCGGUGCUCGUGAUCCGCUCCGCAAUUCCACUUGUUCUCAUUUCCCUGUGCCACUGGAGAAUCGCAGUUAUUUUGAACACGCAGACGAAGAAAUUCCAAACAUUACGUAGUGCCAGCACAGUCACCCAAUCGACUGACAUCCGCCGUAAACAACGUCUUCAGACUCUCUUAUUGGCAAUGGUGGUCAUAUUUGCCGUGUCCAGUCUCCCACUGGACCUUUCAAAUGUUCUUCAAGAUUUGAUCGUAGUGUACCAGGUUCGACCUGUCCCCGACAACGUUCGCCAUUUUAUCUUCUUCUUUUGCCAUUGGACCGCAAUGGCAGGAACACUUCUCAACCCGUUAGUCUACGCGUACUACAACGAAAACUUCCGGCGUCAGAUUCAAACAUGCUUUGGAGAAAUGCGUGGACAGGGAGAGUUCAAGCGGGGGCUAUACUCUAUUGUCUCCGGCAGAUACUCCUACCGAGAAACUUUCAGAGCAGACGACGAGGAAAAUCAUCACAGACAAAACACACGUAUCGAACUGGCUAACAAUCAAACUGGUGAUAUCGAAGUUCUCAGAACGGAUCUUUAAUUAUUUUUUUUGAAUGUUUAAUGUAUUUAUCUAUUUUGUAGUUCAAAUUGACUAAAAAAAAACUCAUUCAUAGAGUAAGGCUGGUCUUUGCAAAUCCUUUGGGUCAAUAAAACCGCUGACUUUGGUUUUAUUUUUCUCAUUCUUGUCCCGGAAUCUCAAUUUUGUAUUGAUCUUUUUUUUUCAAAUUUGUAUUGUACUUUAACAUUUUGGUCGUCGGUAUAUACGGAA